AUGAGUGGUGAGCCUUUAAAGGACUUCAAAGACAGGAAGAGCAGGUGUUACUUGGCAUUGGUUUCUCUUACAGACCUACUAGACAGAAAACAGAAGGAGGUGAUUUCCAAAGAAACUGGCAGGGACUAUCAGAUUCGUUCCAUCAAAUGCCCCAAAAAUGAUGUUUACUGGACCACCACUGGGUUAGAAGAUGGCAACAUUUCCAGUUCAAUACUUGCAAGUCAAGGCUCGCUGUCCUAUCACAGCUUUGCUGCUUGGUAUGCUAACUCCAGCCACCGAAAAGCAUUCUCAUCUGGGUCCUCGAACCGCGGGUUUGCUCACUGGCUCCCAGUAGUGUAUGAGGAUGGAGUGUCUGUUCCCACAGGAGCAAGUUUUCCCCCCAAUGACCCCCGGAUGCCAGGCUCACACUCCUUUGUCCAAUCAGCAUCUGUGUGCAACCCCAGGACGUUCACUCGUGAGCAGAUCAAUGCUGUCAGUUUGCUCAUCGAUGCCAGCACAGUGUAUGGCAGUGAGGACUCUGUGGCAAAGAGCAUCAGUAAUCAGACAAACCAGCUGGGCUUGAUGGCUGUGAACCAUUUUACUGGUGCAGGGCUGGAAUUUCUGCCCUUUGAGAACAGAACUAAAAGUGUUUGUGUUCUUACCAAUGAGAGCAUGAACAUCCCCUGCUCUAAAGCAGGUGACAAAUGGGUAACUGAAAACCUGGGACUUGCACUGCACACUGUCCUCCUAUGAGAACACAAUCACCUGGUUACAGAGCUGAGGAAAUGAAAUCCUCACUGGGAUGGAGAAAAGCUUUACCAAGAGAGUUGAAAGAUGCUAAUCGCCAUAAGCCCGGUAAUAGCAUACAGAGAUUACCUCUGACUUCUGCUUGGGGAGGAGACCAGCAAGUGCAUCCCUUCAUCCACUGGCUACAAUGAGAAUGCGGAUCCUACAGUCUCAAAGGUUUUUCCUCUGGCUGUCUGAUUCAGUCAUACAUCAGUACAGCCUUUUGUAUCCUGUUUGGAUGACAGUUUUCAGCCUCUGAGUUCCCAUGUUCCUCUUCAUUUGACCUUUUGUGCUACAUGGAGGACUAUAAUGGAAGAGAAGAACACGAGACAACCAGCAGUCCUGCUCUGGUCCCGCAGCAGACACUCAUGUAGAGGUCAGCUGGGAAAAUACAUGAGCCCAGACACAUGA